GCAGUCAGUCAUCUGCAGGCGGGAGACCAUCCCGGCAUGGGGCUGGCUGUUUAUUUUCAAAGCCUUUGUACCUCAGGUUACUUGUAAGGCUGAUGCUUGGGGAGUUCUGCUAAAACUGGACUGUGUAUGUUCCCUGAUUUGCCUGUAAUUUGCGUCUUAUGAAAACCAGAUGGAUGACUCUGUGCUCUGCAAGUUAGUAUAGGGAUGGGAGCUUCCAACAUAAAAGCAGCUUUUACAGAAAACACUGAGUUAAGAAGAUUCAAGCUCAAGCUAGAUUGCUUCUUCCCUCCCCCCCUUUUGUCUAUUUUUACUGCAUCAUUGGUAUGUGUCCAAGGAAAGUCGGCCAUAUCAUUCGGAAAUACAAGGGGAUAAACUUUUGACUGUCGGAUCUCUUCAGGCUGAGAGACUCCAGAGUAAAUGAACUGGGAGAGAGAGAAUUAAAAGGAGAGAUUUCUUUAGGUGAACUUUUUUGGUUGUCUGCUCUGCCAACAGCAGUGUAAAAUAACGAAGAAACUGCAGCAGUCCUUUCCCACUGUCUUUUUAAACAAUCUAGUCCCAUAAUUAUCUGGAGGAUGGACUCAUGAUAUCUAAAGCCUGGAGUGGUUAUAGAGAGAAGGUACCAGGAAGCUACUGUACUGCAUCGUCCUGCUAGAAAACAAAGCCAGCAGAAAGAGGAGCAGUGUGCAGGGUAGAAGGGAACAGGACCCAUAUGUCAGUGGUCUAGGAUGGCCAGUGAAGGCUCCAACAUCCCAAGUCCUGUGGUCCGUCAGAUUGACAAGCAGUUUCUGAUUUGCAGCAUAUGCCUGGACCGUUACAAGAACCCCAAAGUACUUCCCUGCCUGCACACUUUCUGUGAGAGGUGCUUACAGAAUUACAUUCCAGCCCACAGCUUAACCCUUUCUUGCCCCGUGUGCCGCCAGACCUCCAUUCUGCCAGAGAAAGGGGUUUCUGCACUCCAGAACAACUUCUUUAUCACCAACCUGAUGGAUGUCCUGCAACGAACGCCGGACAACAGCAUUGAAGAGUCCUCCAUCUUGGAGACUGUCACUGCUGUUGCUGCGGGCAAACCACUCUCCUGCCCCAAUCAUGAUGGAAACGUGAUGGAGUUUUACUGCCAGUCCUGCGAGACAGCCAUGUGCCGGGAGUGUACAGAGGGAGAACAUGCAGAGCAUCCCACAGUACCACUCAAAGAUGUGGUGGAACAACACAAGGCUUCACUCCAAGUCCAGUUGGAUGCUGUCAACAAAAGGCUUCCAGAGAUCGACUCAGCACUUCAUUUUAUAUCUGAAAUCAUACACCAGUUAACCAACCAAAAGGCUAGCAUUGUAGAUGACAUUCAUUCCACUUUUGAUGAACUCCAGAAGACUUUAAAUGUGAGAAAGAGCGUGCUGCUUAUGGAACUGGAAGUGAAUUAUGGCCUUAAACACAAAGUCCUCCAGACACAGCUGGAUACCUUACUUGAAGGACAAGAAAGCAUUAAAAGUUGCAGCAACUUUACGGCCCAGGCCCUCAACCAUGGCACUGAAACUGAAGUUCUGCUGGUGAAGAAGCAAAUGAGUGACAAGCUGAAUGAACUGGCCGAGCGGGACUUCCCAUUGCAGCCACGUGAAAAUGAUCAGUUGGACUUCAUAGUGGAAACAGAAGGCCUGAAGAAGUCCAUUCACAAUCUGGGUACUAUUUUAACCACCAAUGCUGUUGCCUCUGAAACAGUUGCCACGGGUGAGGGACUGAGGCAGACAGUGAUCGGACAGCCCAUGUCUGUUACCAUCACAACUAAGGACAAAGAUGGUGAGCUCUGUAAAUCUGGGAACGCUUACCUCACUGCUGAACUGAGCACGCCCGAUGGGAGUGUAGCGGAUGGAGAAAUACUUGACAAUAAAAACGGCACUUACGAGUUUUUGUAUACUGUUCAGAAAGAAGGGGACUUUACUUUGUCACUGAGACUUUAUGAUCAACAUAUCAAGGGCAGCCCGUUCAAACUUAAAGUGGUCAGAUCAGCGGAUGUGUCCCCUACCACUGAAGGGGUUAAGAGGCGUGUUAAAUCUCCUGGUAGUGGUCAUGUGAAGCAGAAAGCUGUGAAAAGACCUGCAAGCAUGUACAGCACCGGCAAAAGAAAAGAGAAUCCCAUUGAAGAUGAUUUAAUCUUCAGAGUAGGCACCAAAGGAAGAAACAAAGGGGAAUUUACAAAUCUUCAAGGUGUAGCUGCAUCUACAAAUGGAAAAAUAUUAAUAGCAGACAGUAACAACCAGUGUGUGCAGAUAUUUUCCAAUGAUGGUCAGUUCAAAAGCCGUUUUGGCAUACGAGGAAGGUCUCCUGGCCAGUUGCAGCGGCCAACAGGAGUGGCUGUGCAUCCCAGUGGUGACAUCAUCAUUGCAGAUUAUGAUAACAAAUGGGUUAGCAUAUUCUCAUCAGAUGGAAAAUUUAAGGCCAAAAUUGGGUCCGGAAAGCUCAUGGGCCCUAAAGGUGUUUCUGUGGAUCGUAAUGGACACAUCAUUGUAGUGGACAAUAAAGCAUGCUGUGUUUUCAUCUUCCAGCCAAACGGAAAAAUAGUCACCAGGUUCGGUAGUCGAGGAAAUGGUGACAAGCAGUUUGCAGGUCCUCAUUUUGCAGCUGUAAACAGCAACAAUGAAAUUAUCGUUACAGAUUUUCAUAACCAUUCUGUCAAGGUAUUUAACCAGGAGGGAGAAUUCAUACUGAAGUUUGGAUCAAAUGGAGAAGGAAACGGGCAAUUUAAUGCACCAACUGGAGUAGCUGUAGAUUCUAAUGGAAAUAUUAUCGUAGCAGAUUGGGGAAACAGCCGAAUACAGGUUUUUGAUGGAAGUGGAUCAUUUUUAUCCUACAUUAACACCUCUGCUGACCCACUUUAUGGUCCCCAAGGUCUGGCCCUUACUUCAGAUGGCCAUGUUGUAGUUGCAGACUCUGGAAAUCACUGCUUCAAGGUCUAUCGAUACUUACAGUAGCAAUGAGCUCUGGAGCUGGAUAAUCGUCCACCCUUAAGAAAAGACUGGUCCUAGAGAUCCGAUGCAGGAUAUCUCCUACUUUGAGUUCAUUUUUAAUAAUGAAGGAGUCUCUUAUGGACUUCUCGUGUUAAUUUCCAAACUUACCUUGUUUACAUAGGACUUGCACCUCUUACGUUUCUCACUGAACUUUUUGUUGUAAGGGUUAAUACACAAAAUCCUCUUUAACUGAAUUCAUAAAGACAAUGUGAUAUUAAACGCAAACUGCAACUUAUGGAACUGGAAUUAACUAAUUAGGCAAAAAUGAGAAAAAUUGGGGAAAAGUCCCCAAAGCUUUUUGAAGACUGCGAAGGGUAGCUCCUGCUCAGAGCUUCCAAAUUUGAAGAAGUAUCAUUGUUAUGCAUUAUUUAACCCAGAGGUGAUCCUGGGAAUCUUCUAGAUCUCAUUAUCAUGGUAGGUAUUACACUUUUAACAUUCUUCAGUCUUACUAUCUAUAACAAGUAGGUCCUUUUAGUAUAAGGUUAAGUCUCACAAAAUCCGUCUAGCUCUAACCGUCAGACCUAACACAGUUCAAUGUUUAGCACUAUAAGAAUCAAUGCAAAUUCCCUACUCAUGUGGGAUUAAUGAAGGAUUGUUUCAUGUGCUUGUUUUUCACUAUUCCUCUUGCUCAACGUGCUGGAAGGACUUUGCAGAGACCUGACAUUUCUAAAGCUCUGGAAAAACUUAAUUGUAGCGAUACAUUAGUGAGAGCUGAUUUUCUGUAUAACGACAGACCUUUUGACACCAAACUAGUUCAUUAGGAUCAGGGUUAUUACAAUGUCAACUCAAUUAACCUCAUGUGUGCCACUCUUUCGUAUGUGUUCAUUGCCAUGUUUCCUUGAGGCAACUCAUUGUAUUAACCAAUAAAAUCAAACGCAGCAUCACACAGGACAGAAAGCCAGAGAGGUACCCCUAUGGAGGACCUACAUUAUACAACCAAAGGAACUGUGGUAAACAGAGGUUGUAUGGGAAAGCCAAGGGUUACCAAAGCUAUUUGUUUUUACAUGAGAAAGAAUACAUUACAAAUAAGAAUGAAUUUGAACCAAUUCCUGAAGUCCUUCAUCAAAGGGAAUUUUGUUAGAGGACAAAAUAAGGACUGUGAGAUUUGUUCCGAUUUGUUUGUUUGUAUGUAUGUAUGGCUGAUUGACACAAAAAUUAAAAAAAGUAAAUGUAGGUUAUUUCAGCAAACUGGAACGUAGGUAUGCCAUUUGACAAUGGCAGUACUCUGAAAAAUGUCCCUCCUUCUUCCUGCUGGAUCUCUCUACUGUGUUCUUUGUUGAAGUAUUAAUUUAAUUGGAAGUGCUUACAAUCAUAUGACUUGGUUCUGUUUUUAAUGUUUUUUUUUUAAGCGUGAAUUUGUCCUUUUUCAAGUAGCAUUGGCUUUAUUCUUAUUUCUAAAUCCAGUGGUCAAAGGAUGAAUUGCUACCGUAGCCUAAUAUAGAUAGAGUGGUGCUCGCUCUUAACCUCGUUUGAGGAGCUGGUGAGCUUGCUGCCAACGCCUACAAUAGCCUGGGAAGUGCUGUCUUUCUUUUCUCAUUUUUAGGGCCUUGAAACAAAAGGGCAUUGGGUCAGGAACAAGGGACUAUUUUAAGCAUGUUUGCAAAACGGAAAGAAAUCUUUGUUAAAUUACUCAUUAUAAGUAUUAGUCUUAUUUCUAAGGUUAAGGUGGUUGUUUCAAUGAAUUUGAGAAAAACUAAUGGUUUUUUUGUAAAGAAGCAUUUGACUUGUAAAAAUGCAGACCUCAAGGUUCUUAAAUGCGGAGUUUUGUCUUUUUUAGUUACUGUUUCUUAAAGAUAUUUCCUCUUCUUUCCCUUGUUUAUUUUUUGCACAUAGAGCUAAUUUACAAAUUCUCGUGCAAAGAUAAGUUUCCUUAUUUCACUGGAAUAAAUAUUUUGUGUAUAAGGCUUAAGGUUUGGACUAUAUAAUGCAGCUAAGAAACUGGUGGUAACAUUCUUGAAAUGUUAAAACUCAAGUUUGUUAUUACCAAGAGAACAAAAUACCCUCUGCUUGAACCGAGUUUGUCCUAAAAUUCUGAAGACGAUAUCUCAGUCAUUACACAAUAAACUAUCCUAUCAAAAUUUAACAAAGUUGUAGAUCAAAUUUUCUGAUUAUCAAGUAAUUUCCUUCUAAGUGUCCUUAUAAGCAACAUUCUGGUAAACAAACAAUUUCUGACAUUGAAAUGCCCUUAAAUGGCAAAUUUAUCAAUGAAGAAAAGGCACGUAGCAUUUUAAUUGUAUUUAUUAACAAAGAGAAGAGGUUGCACAGGUUCUUUGAGAUAAAAACUUAAAAAGAAAAUGAGAAAUGUGCUGUUGCUGUCAGUUAUGGAUAAUGUUAAUAAAAUCUAAUUCCAAAUUUGGGUUUUUGUAAUAAUAUUCUACUAAACUUGCAUGGUUUCCACUCAGGAAACAUUGCCAAAUCCCCUGUUGCCAGGAGCUCUGAGAAGCACAGAAAUCAGACCCUAACCUAUAUAUCAAAACGUAUACUUAAGACUGUACUAUUCCAUGUAUACACUUUUCUUCAAAAGAUUUUCAGUCCCUUUGACUCAGUAUUGUUUACCAGGAUUUUAUAUAACCUAUGUCAACCCAGUGCAUCCUGAUGAAAUACGGAAUUCUGCACACAACCCCCUUACAACCCAGCUAACAGCUAUUAGGGGUGAUGUGGAUUUUUCCUUAAGACUGAAUAGUCUUUUGGGUUUUCAGACAUUAUCACCAGAUCAGCACUUACUGCACCUGAAAAAUGUCACUAAUUUGGGAUUCCUUCUGAUAGCAAAUGCGGCCAACUACAAUUUCAAAUUCAGUGGCGUAGGGCAUUCCCUUCCAAGGUCUGACCUCAUCUGCCUGGCACCGGGAAACCGAGAAACACAUUGCUUGUACGCUGUGCUUCUGAAGCCAACUUAGCUAAAAUGCUUGGCUUACAAACCUUACAAAGAGCAACCAAAGCAGAAACUCUGUUCUAAAAAACUGGCAGAUUUUCUUCUCAUCCAAUUAAGUGAACGUCAAAAUUGCACUACUUGAUUUGCUGAGUUGUUAGCAUUUCUUAAAGGCUUUAUAGGCAUUCUGCUGCCAGAUUUCAGGUAUAACCAAAUGUUCCCUUGACUUCCCUGGAAUGCUAAUUGACUAGCAGCACAGCAUGAACGGUGAAAGUAUGUGCUUCAUUUAACUAAUCUUCAACUCAAAAGUAAUCUCAAAAGGUUAUCAGAUCUUGUGUAAUUUGGAGCAUUUUAGGACAAACUAGCCAACUGUAUUUUCAUUGUUUUGUGAAUAGAAUAAAAGGAUCUGUUCAGAUAAAUCCAAUAUAAACGGUAGGGGAUUUUUACAUAGGCUAAACCAGCAGCAACGUAGCUGAAAAAGAAAAGGAAAAUGGUUUAGGCGAGCAUUUGCCUGAUGUAGAUGGAGAGUUAUUUAUUAGUAAAUGCUCUUCUGUUCUGUAAAAGCUAGAGGGCUUUCGAUUUUAUGUCAAUAUUUUUUAUCACUAAGGAUCUAGUGUUGCCAUAAUGAGAACUAUAAGUGCCCAAUAUGUUGUGUUUGUUAUAAAGAAAUGACUUUCGGUUGUGGGUGACAGCUAGUUAUGAAAUCAAGAUGUACACUGAAAAUUUUCUUCAAGAAUUGUGAGCAGUGAUUGUUUUGGCCUGUUUGUGGAGAGUGCGCGGAAGGUAUUUGUGCUACGGAGUAAGAAGAUUCCUAACGGGUUGUGUUAUUUCUGAUGAAUGUACAGCACUUCAGUUGAUGUUUGUGAGCAACACAGCCUUAACCCUGACACUUUUGCUUUGGCUUUAUGACAUGGGAAUGUUCCCUAAGCUGCAUAGUGUAUGGCAGUAGCCCCCGUUAGAAAUCUCUACCAGUUGAUACGCUGCAGCUUUCCAGUUCUAGGAGUGAGUCUGUCUUUUUUCUUUUUUUUUUUUAAAAAGGUUUUGUACAUUCCAUCUUUGUAAGUCAAUCUCGUACGUUUUGUGUACAUGUAAGCCUUGCACUCUCUUGACACUCAUAAUGAAAUAUUCUUCUCACUUGUUUUUUUGUUGUUGCUUUUGUUUUUUUUUAAAUCCCUGUGAAGCUAAAUACAAACUUUGUCUCCUUAAGGUCAAGGAUGAAAGAUGCGCAUCAAAGUGUUUGUGUGUGUGUGUGUGUAGUUUUAGCUUCCUGUGUGCCACGGUAUUCUUGAUGCUUUAGCCGACGAUUAAAAAAAAAUUACUCUGUCUUGGAAAUGUAGGAAAACCAGAGUCAAAUGUGUACCUUUAUCACGCACAAAAAUUUCAAAUAAUAAAAAUAAAGCUUGUUUCCUCUGUUA